AUGGCGGCACUAGAAAAUAGCGCAUUGACCAGGAAAGAGAUACGUCGACAAAAGUUAAUGGAAUUCCUGGCUGCAAAAAAAAACCUGUCUCUACCCAGCAAAAUACAAAAUAUGGGUAAAGAUGAGGCUGUGAAGAGUGAAAGAUCCGUUUCUACUGUCCGCUAUGACAAAGAGAACAAGAUUCCUGUUCUUAAAAGGGAUAUUAAAGUGAAAACUGUCCAAGCUACUGUGGUCAAAAAACCGCUGGGUCUUACAAACUCAAUCAAUAAAACAACCCAGAAUCUCACCAGAAAGCCCACCCACAUCAAGACCCCAGAGAAAAGAGGAGCUCCUCCAUCUUCUACUAAGCCACUCACUGCUGCCCAGGAUCGCAUAAAAAAGCUCCAGGAGUGGCGGGCGUCGAGGGGCAUUUCAUACAAGCGUCCGCCAAUGUUUGUGAAGGGCCAGGCCAGGCACAGUAUCACUGAACCUCAGCCAUUCUGGUCCAGCAUUGGGGAGGAGGAUGAAGCGCACUCUCUGAUCUGUGCUGUGGACCGCUCGCUGGCAGACUGCGUUAAACUCUUGGGAGAGGGCUGCCCGGCUGACCAAGUGAAAGAAGUGCUCACACGACUUCCCGUGGUUUCCCAUAAAUUUUCUAAAUAUUGGAUUUGCCAAGCUCUUCUGAUGGAGAAGGAAGGAAAUCUGGAUGUUCUACCCAUGUUUGAGAAAGCAGUUGGACUUGUUUUGGAGCCUGUAGAUGACCUGCGCACAGUGGUGUUUGAGAUUUUGAAGAAAAAGGAUGAAAUCCAAGAGAGCUUUAAAGAAACAGAACCAACUGCAUAUUCAACUGAAAUCUCGCACAAUGUAGUGACGACUCCAAAACCUGGCAGAGCUCUGAUUUGUGCUGAGAAAGGAAAUUCAUCCGUGGUGAAAUACAAGAUUACUGCUACUCCAGGUGGUCCCCCAAGUCAGCGCAGGGACUCGACGGUGGUUAACGGACAGGAAGUUCGCUUCUUUACUCCCGUGCGGCGGUCUGUUCGUAUCGAAAGGGCAGCUCUGAGGUACCCCGUGUCUCUCAAAGACCACGACCUUUGCGUGGCUUCUUACAAUGAUCUGAUGGCUGAGGAGGAGGAGAAGGAGAACGCCCAGCAAACGCCGUCUGAAGGCUCAGCGGUGGCACAAAACUCUCCCAUGUACAUUUACAGAGCGAACGAGGCCCUGAACGAUAAAGUCUUUGUGGAAUAUGUGGGCAGUGAUGAAUAG